UGCAGGCAUAGAAGCAAAAUGUAUAUUUCAUAACCAGUAGGUCAUAUUUCUUAACCACAAUGGCAACACUGAUGGGUGAACCACUACAUUUGUAUCAACUUGUGUGCAUGAGCAUUCUGUCUACAGCUUCUUACAGCUUGCCUGCAACAUCUGUGAGAGGGCCACCACUCAACCCACAAAUAAACUCUCACAAUUUUCAACAUGUUUUGUCCUGGCAGGCAGGAAGUGAUCCAACUGUGCCAACACGCUUUCGUGUGUUGUAUACUGACCGCAAGUACUGGAUGACUGCUAAACAGUGUUCAAAUAUUACGCAAUUCUCAUGUAAUCUUACAGAGGAUUUUAAAGAUGUUUCUAUUGCUUAUGUUACAAUGGUUCAGAGCUUUGUGGAAAAGGAAGUAUUCAAUUCUUCUGCACUUUAUUUUGAACCAUUUUAUGACACAUUCCUGGGACCACCAGAAGUUAACAUAAGUUCCUGUCCAAAAUGCUUAAAUAUCACUGUAAAGCUGCCAAAAUCUCACUUUAGAAAAUAUGGAAAGCUGCUGUCUUUAGUUGAUAUAUACGGAGAGCUUGAUUAUGAGAUAAGACUGACAACACCUGAGGAACAGAAGAGAUAUAACAAAACGACCAGAGAAGUUUUUAAUACAGUCAUUGAAGAGUUGAAUCCAAAUAGAAAUUACUGUGUGUCCAUUGCUAUCUCUGCAUCUCUAAAUAAAAAUUCCAUCUCAUCACCCUGGAAAUGUGCAACUGCAGACUCUAUAGCUCAAAAAGAUUAUCGUAUUGGUACAGUCAUAGGUGCUGUAUGUUUUUCAUUGUCAAUCAUUGUCAUCCUGACCUGUAUGUAUGCAGGAGGUUUUAUACUUCAACAAAGCUCACUUCCCCGUACCUUGUUAUUCAUCAAAACAUUAGCCUACUCGCCUUUCACAUUUCAAGCUGAAGAAAUAGCCUUUGUAGAGGUCAUCUCUAAGGAUGUUAAAAAAAAGGCAAAGGAAUGUAUCGGCUAUGGCAGUGAUGAAGAUGACGACGACGAUGACAGUGAAAGCGAUUCCAGAAGUAACGAUGACUACAGAAGGCGUGAUAUCUUCGGCAGGGUGCCUCGCUCCUCCAGCACGUCAAACGUGUUUGUGCAGUGCGGCGCAGACAGUACGAGCGGAGACAACAGCAGUCAGGCCAGCCAAAACGCAGACUCUGACCUCGAUGUUUUUCAAGAGAAUGAAAUGGACACCGAAGAAGAGAAAGGUGCAAGCAGAGAGUUAAUUAAUGCUUUCUCUGAGGUAAACUGUACUUCUGAUGGGUCAAGGAGUAGUGCUUGCUUUACCAUAAACUUAAAAACUGUGCUGCUGGGACUGUCUGAAGAGAAUGUAGGUGGUUCUGCCGCUCUCCUCCCUUCCCAAGAAGAUAAGAGCAGCUGGCCAGAUUCUGGUGCUUUUGACUCAGAACUUCUUGAUGACACAGAAAGCGUGCAGAAACCACUCUGUCCUGAUGCCUCCCAUGAGUGGCAAAAUUCUUCGAGUUCUGAUGAAAGUGAUUCAUCAGAUUCAGAUGUGGACCCAAAGACUGAAUACAUAAGAAGAUGAGUGAGAACCACUGUUUUAAAACAUACAAAUAUAU